GUCACCGCGGCGCGCCGACCUGAGUCCCGGCUGCUGCGGGGCCGGAGGAGCACGAAGAGUUGGAAGGACGACGGGCGGGACGGGGCUUUGCCUGUGGGUUCAUCCAGAAAUGGUUCUGCUCCAUGUGAAGUAUGGUGAUGAGAGCCAAUUCCUGCUGGAGACAACGGGCAGCGUUUCCAUCGAAGAUUUAACUCAGGAAGUAGCCAAGAUCUACAAUGGAAGGCUCAAAGUUCAGCGUAUUUGCACAGAAGUGGAAUCGUUGGCAGAACAUGGUAUUUUCUUACCCCCCAACAUGCAAGGUCUGACAGAUGAACAAAUAGAAGAAUUGAAGCUGAAGGAUGAAUGGGCAGGAAAAUGUGUUCCCAGUGGUGGAAGCAUCUUUAAAAAAGAUGAAAUUGGACGGAGAAAUGGCCAUGCCCCAAAUGAAAAAAUGAAGCAGGUUUUGAAAGCAACAGUAGAAGAAGCAAAGGCACUAAUAUCUAAGAAACAAGUGCAAGCCAAUGUGUGUGUUAAUGUCAAUAUGGUGAAAGAUGCGCUGGACCAGCUCCGGGGAGCUGUAAUGAUUGUUUAUCCAAUGGGACUCCCUCCAUAUGACCCCAUAAAAAUGGAGUUUGAAGACAAAGAAGAUCUGUCAGGAACUCAAGCUGCACUUGAAGUUAUCGAGGAACCCGAGGCACAGCUGUGGUGGGCAGCAAAGCAGUUGAAAAGGACGAACCAGCUUUCUGACUAUGUGGGCAAAAAUGAGAAAACCAAAAUUAUUGUCAAGAUACAGAAAAAAGGACAAGGAGCCCCAGCCCGUGAACCUGUCAUAAGCAGCGAAGAACACAAACAGAUGAUUCUUUUCUAUCACAGAAGGCAAGAGGAACUCAAGAAAUUAGAAGAAAAUGAUGAUGAUUCAUUUUUAGAUUCUCAAUGGGCUGAUAGUCAAGCCUUGAAAAGACAGUUUCAUGGUGUAGAGGACAUUAAAUGGAGACCGAAAUGAAGCUAUUUCCACACAGAUUUUUUUUCUCUUUACAAGAUAAAUUUACCCACUGAGUUAUACUGGCAACAUGGAUGUAACUCCUCUCAUUAUAAUUGUUUGAAAUAUUAAAUCCUAGAUCUGUAGAAGAGAUUUAUUGUUAUGUUUGGUUGCAAAAUAUUUUCAUCCUUAUAUGUACAUUUUGAAAAAUUGUGUUAAUAGGCUUUCAGAUCAGAUGUUUACAUUUUAAAGUAGUUCACUUAACAUAGUUCUCAUAAUAUUAAAUAGCCUGUCCUCAUUCGAAAGUUGUCUUUCUGUUCCUAUUUCUUCUAUGCUAUUUAGGAUGGUAUAAACCAUUUUAAAAGGGAGCACACUUUUUUUAAAAAAAAUAG